AUUAUUAUCGCCAUGGAUCCUACGCGAGCUUUCGUCAAAAACGUUAAACGUGUUGUCGUUAAGGUUGGAACGGCCGUUGUUACCCGAGAUGAUGGAAGAUUAGCCGUUGGUCGACUUGGAGCUAUUUUUGAACAGCUUGAAAAGUUGAACUCCCGAGGCUUUGAUAUCAUUUUAGUUACUUCAGGAGCUGUUGGAGCCGGCCGCCAAAGGCUUAAAUAUAGGAAAAUGAUCAACAGCAGUUUUGCUGAUCUCCAAAAACCACAAGUUGAACUUGAUGGAAAGGCCUGUGCAGCUGUGGGCCAAAAUGGUUUGAUGGCCUUGUAUGAUACUCUAUUCAGCCAGUUGGAUGUGACCUCCUCUCAACUUCUUGUCACGGAUAAUGAUUUCAAAAAUGCAGAUUUCAGGGUGCAACUUUGUCAAACAGUUGAUUCAUUGUUGGAUCUUAGGAGUAUCCCGAUUUUUAAUGAAAAUGAUGCAAUUAGUACAAGGAGAGCUCCUUAUGAGGAUUCUUCUGGUAUUUUCUGGGAUAAUGACAGUUUGGCCGCACUGCUGGCCAUGGAAUUGAAGGCAGAUCUUCUUGUGUUGUUGAGCGAUGUUGAUGGUCUAUACAGCGGUCCCCCCAGUGAUCCAAGAUCAAAGUUAAUCCAUACAUAUGUUAAACAAAAGCAUCAAAAGGCAAUCAGUUUUGGAGACAAGUCAAGGAUGGGAAGAGGUGGAAUGGAUGCAAAAGUCAAAGCUGCAGCUAAAGCAGCUUAUUCUGGUACACCUGUUGUUAUUGCAAGUGGCUUUGCUGCCAAUAACAUCAUAAAGGUUUUGAAUGGAGAACGUGUGGGUACUCUGUUUCAUAAAGAUGCACAUAUGUGGAUUCCUGUUACUGAGAUUGGUCCACAUGAGAUGGCGGUUUCAGCACGUGAAGCCUCUAGACGCCUUCAGGCACUAACAAGUGACGAAAGAAAGAAGAUUCUGUUAGAUGUAGCUGCUGCAUUGGAGGCAAAUGAACAGUUUAUCAUGCUUGAGAAUGAUGCCGAUGUUGAAACUGCACAAGAGUCAGGAUAUGAUGAAGCUUUAGUAGCUCGAUUGGCUUUAAAACCUAGCAAGAUCCGCGCUCUUGCAGAAUCUGUGCGUAGACUAUCAGAAAUGGAUGAACCUAUUGGUCAAAUUCUGAAAAGAACAGAGCUUUCAGAAGGGCUCAUCUUAGAGAAGAAGACAUGUCCUUUAGGCGUUCUACUCAUUGUUUUUGAGUCUCGCCCUGAUGCAUUAGUUCAGAUAGCUUCAUUGGCUAUCCGUAGUGGAAAUGGUCUGCUACUGAAAGGAGGGAAAGAAGCUAAAAGGUCAAAUGCAAUAUUGCACAAGGUCAUCACUUCUGCUCUCCCGGAAACUGUUGGAACAAAACUAAUUGGACUAUUAACAUCAAGAGAGGAAGUCCCUGAACUGCUGAAGUUGGAUGACGUGAUAGAUCUUGUGAUCCCUAGAGGCAGCAAUAAACUUGUGUCCCAAAUAAAGAACUCGACCAAAAUUCCAGUUCUCGGUCAUUCUGAUGGAAUUUGCCAUGUAUAUGUGGAUAAAGCUGCUAACUUGGAGAUGGCGAAGAAGAUUGUAUUGGAUGCAAAAACAGACUAUCCAGCAGCUUGUAAUGCUAUGGAAACACUACUUGUGCACAAGGACUUAUUAGCUAGCGGAGGGCUGCAAGAGCUUGUUCAAGAACUCGAACAGCAAGGUGUUACACUAUUUGCUGGGCCAAGAGUAAAUGGUUCGGUUAACCUCUCUAAGGCAAAUACACUGCAUCACGAGUAUAGCUCCAAGGCUUGCACAAUUGAAAUAGUGAACAAUGUUGAUGAGGCCAUAGAACAUAUACAUAGUUAUGGAAGUUCUCACACUGAGUGUAUUGUUACUGAUGACCACGAUGUCGCUGAACAUUUUCUAAGCCGGGUUGACAGUGCUGCAGUUUUUCACAAUGCAAGCACAAGAUUUUGUGAUGGUGCACGGUUUGGGCUUGGAGCUGAGGUUGGAAUCAGUACAAGCAAAAUCCAUGCACGCGGGCCAGUCGGAGUAGAGGGACUGUUAACAACACGAUGGGUCUUGAGAGGCAAGGGGCAAGUGGUGGAGGGUGACAAAGGAGUCGUUUACACCCACAAAGACCUUCUAUCCACCUCCAACGGAUUCUAGAUAACCGUCAUUGUUUCACUUAUAUCGCCUGAUAUUCUUUUUAUGUUUGAUUAGGACCUCAACUACACUACAACUGGCAUUGUUUUAAUAAUGUAAUAGCGACAUCCUGGUAACAUAUUUCCAUCAUGUAUUAAGCAUUUGUAUGAAGUUUUUCAUCUUACUCAAUAUAGAUAGGUCUUAAGGCUUUGUGCGGGUUUCUAAAUGACAUAAUGUAUUU